AACACAAUCUGUGUAGCUUCUAACGGCCGUAUUCAGAUUUGAGUUAUGUGCGCAUGAUGAGCAUUUUAAUUAGAGGCAUUGUUUAUGACGAGGGGUAUUUAGAGAAUAUAUAGUACAUUACAUGCAUUAUGGAUUAUGAAUUAAAUGGAAAACAUGGCAGAGGAGUGCUCAGUCAGCUUCUCCUUCAAAUCUGAUCGCCACCAUGCGAGACCUGAAGAAGAAGGAUAAGCUGGUGCAGGCAGCAGGAGAUGCUUUUGGGAACACGCUGACACUGCAAGCUCUGGACGUGUGCAGCGAUGAAUCGGUUAGGCUGUGCGUCAGCGGGGUUAAAGACCGACACAUUGACAUCCUCAUAAACAACGCAGGCGUGGGUUUGCUCGGCCCUUUGGAGAGCAUCAGCCUGGACCAGAUGAAGACGGUGUUCGAGACCAACUUUUUCGGUACGGUGCGGAUGAUAAAAGAGAUCAUGCCCGACAUGAAGAGACGCAGAGCGGGGCACAUCAUCGUCAUGAGCAGCGUCAUGGGCAUGCAGGGCGUAGUGUUUAAUGACGUCUACACGGCCUCAAAGUUCGCCAUCGAGGGUUUCUGUGAAAGCUUGGCAGUCCAACUUCUCAAGUUUAAUGUCAAGUUGUCUCUGAUCGAGCCUGGGCCUGUGCACACUGAGUUUGAGGUGAAGAUGAUGGAAGAGGUGGCUAAGAUGGAGUUUCCAGGAGCAGACGCAGACACAGUGAGAUACUUUAAAGAUGUGUACGUGCCGUCCUCCAUCGAUAUCUUCGAAGCAAUGGGGCAGACGCCAGAUGACAUCGCUAAAUGCACUAAGAAGGUGAUCGAGUCGAGCAACCCUCGCUUCAGGAACCUCACGAACAGCCUUUACACCCCCAUCGUAGCCAUGAAGUACGCCGAUGAGACGGGCGGCCUGUCCAUACACACCUUCUACAACCUGCUGUUCAACUUCGGCUCCUUAAUGCACAUCACCAUGAACAUCCUGAAAUGCCUGACCUGCAGCUGCUUGCGCAGACGCACCGUGUCACCUGACUGAAAACACACACACACACACACACACACACACACACACAGACUGAUAUCAUCUAAAACACUUUUGGAUGCAUUAGUGGAUGUCAGUGUCCAGGACCCAAUUUUGUGUUCCUAUUUCCUUUGUUGUGAUACUCCACAUUCAACUUACCUACUCACUCAAACCUAAUUUAUCUAAUAAGUAGCAGAAGAUGUAAAAGAUGCUUUUCGAAAGCUCUGUGGUGCAAGAAGAACGUGAUGGGAGGCGUUUCACCAAAAGAAUUGGUUGUAUGUUGCAGCAGUCACAUUUUUACAUUUGCUUUCAUUGUUCAGUCUUUUAACACACACACACACACACACACGCACACAUAUGUACAUGAUUCUGGAUGUACGUCGCUCUCUUUUUUGCUUUCGUCUCUCCCCGUUUUAUUCUCCCUGCUGCUCACUGCAACAGAGAAUCUUCAUUAAUGAAAAUUACACACAGGUGUUUGAUCCUCAGCACUCAAUUCCUUUCAGAUCCGCUCUCCAUUCAUCAACUGGUGCUCGAUCACAUCCCCACUGACACAAUGUUGAAGCAAGUCGUAGGAAAUUAUGUUAUUUAUAAGGACCUGAUAUUAUAUUUGGAAAUCGAGAUUAAAUCCAUUGAAAAAAUGUUUUAAUCAUCACAGAAAUUGGAACAGACUAAUCCUAGUAGUCUAAAUCUUGGUGCUUGUAUUUAACUGCUUUUAUACACUAAUGAUUUUAGUGAAGUCUACUGUGAAAGUCGUUGUAUCGCAUUUGCUUCAGUCUGGUGUUGAAAUCUUAUCUCCACCCUGAUAUAUAUUUUUGUAUUAAAUGUGAAUAUUUAGAUUAUAUUGUAGAAUAAAUCCGGUUACAUUUUUUUUUUAAUAAAAUGAAUCCGAUGAUAUAGGUUGUAAGUCCAGAAAUACUAAGCACAACAGGAAGGAAAGAUUCUAGAGUGAAAGAUACUGAUAGUGAGGUGUAACAGUAAUGGAUCUGGUAUAAAUGUGUAACUUAAUCAGUAAAACCUUUUGAAAUAGAGGAGGGUUAUGUGUUCAUACAAACUAAUAUAUACAUGUGGUUGUGUGUAGUACUGUGUGUUGAACAGCAGGGAGCAGCAGAGCUUUUUUCUGGCAAGGCUCUCAAUCAGACAUCUUGAUAUUUGCUCUGUGCAGGAAUUUGAACUUGCCCACAUGAGAAACAUUCCUUAGUCCAAAGUGAUCCAAGAAGUAGGAUGCACACCGGAUGGAGUAUUAGAACAUGAUCGAUCUUCACAGUAAUGACAAAACAUCCUGCUGAUGUGAACCCGACUCUUCAGGACAAGAAUUGAAUCAACAGAGCAGGCUUCUGUCUCAGAGACGGGUGUUCUGGGAUGUGUUGUGUCUUGGAGCAUACAAGAGGGGAGAAGGAGGACAUCUUAAAUUUCUCUCUGUUGUGGUCUUGAAGGGGGAAAAGCUGUGUUUUUGAAAAUGUGCACAUGACCAUGAAGAAAGAACAUGUUUAUUUCUAUUCCCAGUGAACUAAAUAUAGAAAGUUAAUGUGAAUCAGAUUUCCUUCACAUACCUUUUAAAGUAACUAAAAAAAUUCUGAUUAUUAUUAUUAAUCAUAUUAAUUUUAUUAUUAUUAUUAUUACUGCAGGACCAUUUUUUGACAACUAUUUUUAGAUUUCUGGAAAAUCAUCAUAAUUUCUACCAUAUCUUCUCUUAAAAUGUCAUAAAACAAUUAUCAAAUACCACAAAAAUUAUAUAUUUGUAUUGUAUACAUUAUCUGCCCUCUUAGUCCUCAAGCUCCGCCCACUCUGCACAAUUACACUUUUUAAAGAUUUUACAAAUCUUAUGAAUGAAAUUUUAAUUUAAACAAAAAAAUUCUAUAUAUUUAAAAACCUUUUUUUUUAAUCAUGAAAUUGUAUGCAUUUAUUUCGAACUAACUUUUAAAGGAAUUUAUCACGUAAGAUUUAUGCUGUUUUAUCCCAAAAAUGGCAUGACAAAAAUAAAUGUAAGCAUGUGCAUAUAUUCAAAGUGAAAAAUUAAAAACAAGGAUACUACUGGAUAGACGUCCUCUAAGGUGGAUUUGCAUCGCACAAGUGCUCCGUUCAUUUUUAUAGAAUAUUUUUUAUUGAAAAUUGUUCCGUAAAUAAGCAUGUAGAAUGGCCAUGCAUGAUGAGAAGCUGCUGAAUAAUGAAGUGUCUUAUUAAUUUUGAAUAAAUCUCAGUGUUAAAGUCUCAAAUUUAAAAAGCCUAUGCUGUUUUAAACAAAAAAGUUUGAUAUCUAAGUUAGCUUAAGUUAGCAAUCAAAAGUUUUGGUCCCAACAAAGCUCCUGUGUCUAUGUAAGAGAAGAAAGAAGUUUAGUUGUGCAUGCUGGCCUCCUGUUAAAUAAAACAUUUACACUCAUUAUGUGACACUUGGUCUCUGAGCUCUGAGAGAUAUGAUUUGAAAAUAGAGAUGUAGAUACAGAAAUCCCACAGCAACAAUAGUUACAUAUACAAUGAAAAUAUUGCUCAAAACUUCCUGAGUAAAAUUUUGUUGAUCAUGGUGAUUAUGGUAGUUAUGGUGGUUAUGGAUAAUUACGACAGAUUGGUUCAAGGUGGAGGUUGGAAUGCAUCAAGGAUCGGCUCUGAGCCCUUUUCUGUUUGCAGUGCUGAUAGACAGGUUGAAGGACGAGGUGAGAGAGGACUCUCUGUAUAAUGUUUGUUUAUGAUAUUGUAAUUUGUG